AUGUCGCGAUGGCUUCGAAUUGGGCGAGCACCUGGUUCGUGGCCGUUUCGACCCCUUCGAAACCCUACUUCAUGCCUCCCGAACGCGGUCUUAAACCCACCCAGGUUUAAGGAAGAGGCACGUUUUGUAUCAAGUGCACCUGUUUCAGGCUCGAAACGAUUCCGUCAGCAUGUCAAUCCACUUUCAAUGGUGUACCACCAACCAAUUGAGAUUCCUGACUGGACACACCACUUUCGAGACUCUUCGCUGCCAAUUCACGUCGAUAUUGGCUGCGCUCGAGGGAGAUACCUCAUGGAAGUGGCGGCGUUAGAAGCUAUCGAACGGAACUUUGUCGGUGUGGAGAUCCGGCGUAAUGUACUGCAGGAGGCUGAGCAAGAGGUGAAGCGACGCGGCCUCUCAAAUUUGGCAUUUGUACAUGCUAAUAUGAACAUUCACCAGUCCAGACUGUUCCAGUCGCUGCCUGCACCUGUAACCAGUGUAUCCAUUCUGCACCCGGACCCGUGGAUGAAGAAGCGUCACCUCAAGCGGCGGCUGGUCACUGACGAGUUCGUUGCGGAGAUGGCGCACCAGUUGCCGAACGGGACACCGAUUUACGUGCAGACGGACGUGGAGGAACUGUUUGCGUACAUGGUCGAGGUCUUUGAAAUGUCCACACUCUAUGACUUUGAUGCUCUUCAUGAGGCCCCGUUUGGAGUGUCAACGGAUCGAGAAAAGUUCGUUUAUCAAGAUGGAGGUGGCAUCUUUCGGGUCAAGUUCAUUGUGGAUAAAGCAGAAGAGAAGACCGAGACGAGAACAAUGAUGUCUCCUGAUGCAUGA